UUUUCCAAACCUAUUCAUAAUCCUAAUUCAAACCGAAAUCCAACUCCAAAUCCAGAACAGCUAGCUGAGCUCUGCUCUCUCUUUGCAGGAGAAGAAUCCGCCUGUUAAUCAUCUUCAAAAGAGAUAAAGAAACCUUUGUUUCUUCCUUUUUCUGAUCGAACAACAGAUGGCUAAUCUUGUUCAUAUACCUCCUUCAAAUUACUUUCUCUUUAUUCUUAUAUUUUCCCUUUUGUUUAUCGCUCCACCUGUUAUCUCAAAGUCUGGUCGCCCAAUAACUGAUGCGGAAGUCAGGCAAAAGAAGAACGAGUGCUAUGCUGAUAUAGAAAGUGGACUUUGGGGCCCCGUCUGCAAAUCCUCAAUGACGGCCAAGGAGAAUUGUGCUUUGCGGUGCCUUUCUCCUACUUGUUAUGAGCUUAUUUACGAGGGCGAUCCGCUCGAAGAAGGAGAGAAAGAUCUCGGUCGAAGCCAAGAGUACAAGUACUGUAUGUAUAAGGCAUCUUUAGGAGAGUCACUUGAAGGUAUUAGAGGAGCAUUUGAAUAUUAAAUCAACUUAAACCAUAGAACUUUUAGUUUAGUUAGUUGUGGCUCACUUCUUUGUAAUUAUACUAAACUUGAAAAUUUCACAUUAAUUUUCAGUCCAUAAAUAUUUACUA